UGGGAAACGGGUCCAAACAGCUCUUUGAGUGUUUAAGACUGCAGACCCCUGGGAUAGAAGGAUAGUUUUAUAGGUAGUUUUCAAUUUACAACCAUUUUUUUAAACAACCGUUCACAGUCCCAAUGGCAAUGAAAAAGGGACUUAGAACCAGUCUUUGCACUUUAAGCCAUCACACUGUCCCUUUGGUCAUAUGAUCAAAAUUUGUGCUCUUGGCAAUUGGCAUACAGUAUAUUUACAAUGGUUGCAGUGUCCUUGGGUUGCAUGAUCAUUAUUUGUGAUAUUCCCAUCCAGAUUCUGAUAUCCACAGUCAAAAGGGGGAAGCCAGAUUUGCUUAACUGUCCUACGAAAAAGGUUGUAAAAUUGGCAUGACUCAUUUAAUGCCACAUUGUUGAGCGAUGGAAGUUCCGAUUGUGAUAGUAAGUUGAGGUCUCCUGUGUAUUGUGAACAAAGUUAAUGUAGAAUAUUUUGAAAAAGAGAAGAAGAUUCUCCAUUUGCUGCACUCAAAUGGCUUUAUUUUUGACUAGUUAGGUAGAUUCAGAAAGGAAAAGUAACUACAUUAUACUUCAGUUUAAAAAUGGAUUUAUAAGAGUAUUGAAGACCUUUCUAUAAAACCGCAUGCAUAGGUAAUAGGGAUAUUCCAUUUUAUUUUAUUUAUGGUAUUGUUUUAUAUAGAUGUUUGCCUCAUAGAAUCAGUUUAAAACAUUUAGAAUGGACAAGGAUGGAAGUAAAUGCCUAAAAUAAUACUGAAAGGCAGCAAAACAGGUUUUAAACUGAUUCUAUGAGGCAAACAUCCAGUUCAAAAUCACUCUGAACGUUUGAAGUAGGAUAGUUUAAUCAAAAUAUACUUCUGAAGAGUAAAUUAGCAGUCAAAGAGGCCAUAGGGAUGAUAACAUAACGAGAGAUAUUUGGAGUGGGACAAUAUAACUAAAUAGAAAUAAAAUGGGACAAACAGAGGUCCUGAUAUUAGAGAAGAACUUAAAUGAGUAUAACAAACUUAGAGGAGUGGAACAAAUGCUAUGCAAUGACCGUAACUUCCUUCAGUUAUAUUAAUCUUCGACCUUUGGUUCAGUAUUUGCAAAUAAAGUUGUUUAUUCUACAUUGCUUCAAUACCCAGAACAUCUCCUUGUCCUGAUGAGAAACUUAUAUCAAAAAACUACAGUACUAUCAGAGCAUAACAAAACAGACUGGCUCCAGGUUAGGAAAUGGAUGAGAGAUGGCGGUGCUCUAUACAUGUGAAUGACAAAAGUAGAGAGAAUUGUUGAUAAAAGAAAAAACAAGAAAGGAAAAACGGAAUAUUUAGUGCGAUGGAAAGGCUAUGAGAGUGAAGAUGACACAUGGGAACCUGAACAGCACCUUGUGAAUUGUGAAGAAUAUAUACAUGAAUUUAACAGACAUCACAAUGAAAAACAAAAAGAAAGCACAUUAACAAGGACAAACAGGACAUCUCCAAAUAAUGCAAGAAAACAAAUUUCUCGAUCUACUAAUAGUUCUUUUUCAAAAUCCUCCAAGUCCUUAGUUAUUGGAAAAGACCAUGAAUCAAAAAAUCAACUGUUUGCUGCUCAGAAGUUUCGGAAAAACAACACUCCUCUCUCUGGUAGAAAAAACAUGGACCUUUCAAAAUCAGGUAUAAAAAUUCUUGUGCCCAAAAGUCCUAUAAAGAGUCGGACAGCAGUAGAUGGCUUUCAGAAUGAAAGUCCUGAUAAACUGGAUCGCAUUGAGCAGGAUCAUGAAGAUUCUGUAGCCCCCGAGGUGGCAGCAGAAAAACCAGUUGGAGCUUUAUUAGGUCCUGGAGAAGAACGUGCUAGAAUGGGGAGCAGGCCAAGAAUACAUUCAUUAGUGCCACAAUUGCCAGUGCCAGUAACAGCUACCAUUGCAUCUGCAUUAACAAUAAAUGGAAAAGGAACGUCUACCUUUAUAGAAGCCUUGGCAACCAAUGGUACCAACAUUCAGACAUCAGUAACAGGAGUAGCAGCCAACAAACGAAGAUUUAUUGAUGAAAGGAGAGAUCAGCCUUUUGAUAAAAGGCUACGAUUCAGUGUGCGGCAAACUGAAAGUGCUUACCGCUACAGAGACAUUGUUGUCCGGAAGCAAGAUGGAUUCACGCAUAUUUUAUUAUCCACCAAGUCAUCAGAGAACAAUUCAUUAAAUCCAGAG